AUGGCAGAUAUAAGUUUCACUUCAUAUCUCAAUCGAAAUAUUGAAGAGCUUAAUGUUAUUACAUUAAAUUAAGAAGAAUUUAAAUGCGUAGCGUUUAGCUUAACGUCCAUUAUGGGGUUGCCAACCCAGAUCCCGCCAUUUUAUUUUUACAUCUUUUGUGCUUACGGAUCGCUGUGACAACAUGUUUUGCUGGAAGGGAAAAAACACUCCAUAGCACUUCAAAUGGUGUUUCGACAUCGAAGAUUCAUGAGCGGCUUCUUUCUUCUUUGGCACUGUGUAGUGACUAGGCUUCCUUAGAGGAUUGAAGUGAAAAAAAGUACAGGCCUUUGAUUCCCUAGGGUAGGCCAAAAGGUAGGGCAUCCCCUUCAAGUUUCUUACCUAUUUUUGCAGAUAUAAAAUUCCAGCCUCAUAAUCAUAAAGCGCAGAGUGAGCGGUGCAGAUCAGUAGAUCGGUACUUUACAAUAUCUCCAUUUUGUGAUUAUGAAGAACUUGAUGUCAAGAUUAAAACUGCUUCUGUAACCUUUAUGUAGUUUAUAACCUCCUCUCUUGAUUUUUCAACAUCAAAAAUAAUACAAAAAAUUAGACAACGCAAACUUAUAAUUGCAGAGCAACAAGAUGUGACUAGCAUCAUCAACAAACACUCAUCAAAAAUUGAUAGUCAAGUAGAAAAAAUGAACAAAAGCAGACUUGAGCAUGCAAAAAUCCAAAAAGAGCUUCUGACAAGGCGGUUAGAAGACUUGGACAGCUCCAUUAAAAUGUUGGAAACUUCCAACGACUCCAACAUUUCACCCAAAAAAACUCAACAAAAAUAUGAGCUUGAUGAAGACUCAGAAAGGAAAAUAAAAGAUUUUAAAGCAUUAGCUAAAAGACUCCAAAGAGAAAAAGAAAUGAGAAGACUGAUGAAAGAAAAAGACCAGUCAUAUUAUCAUUUAAAACUUAUUGCAGAAGCCGAAGAAGCUCGAAGAAUUGAAAUCGAAAAUGAAGAAAUGUGAAAAAUCAAUAAGCAAAAGCAAAUUGAGGAAUUAAAAGAAAAGGCAAGAAUUCGCAAAGAAGAGCUGGAACAUCAAAAACAAAUUUUCAGAGAAAAAUCGCCUGAUUUUUCAAAGCCAUUCUACAUAGUCAUGGAAGAAAAAUAUAAAAAUGAAAUUGAAAUGCCUGAGCUUGAAAAACGGAAAAUAGAAUUAGCUAAAAAAAGACAGCAGGUUCAGCCAAUUAGCCUAGAAGAGAUAUUAGACCAUGCGAAAAAAUAUAAAGAAAUUACUAAAUUUCCUACCCUCUUAAGAGUGGGAAAGAUUUUUCUCCUCACUCUUAAAAGGGAUUAAUAUAUUUUAAUUUUUUUGGAUUUUAAAAACCUGAGUUUGCAAAUAUGUAAAAUGAAAUUUAUAUAAAUUUAAGCUGUCUAGAAUAUAAUAGAAUUAGCAAGAGAUUUCGCUAUAGCAAUCAUUAAUAAUAUAUAAAAAACAUUUUAUAUAAAAAAUUACACUAUGGGAUAAUUAUUUUUAAACUAGCAUUUCUCUGAUGGUUUUGCUCGCUUUUAAAGGGGAGGAGAGUAAAGAAGCUCAAUUAAGAAGAGAAAGAGAAAAGCAUAAGUGAGGAAUGGAUAAUUCAAUUCAGUCAUUUACAACUCCAUCAAGAACACAGACUUAUUACGAUAGUGAAAGUAAGGAAGAAGAAUUAAAAAGGGAUCAUGAUGAAAGGCUGAAAAAAAGAGAAAAACAGAAAAGGUAUGGAGAAAUCGUAAGGGAACUGUUUUACCCUACUAUAGAUGAGAAGAAGCGAUUUGAAAUACAAAAAAUAAAGGAUCGGCUAAAUCUACCAAAAAUUCUAAAGCCUAUAAAAGAGUCAACUUAUGAAAAAUUGAACAGAAGCACUGAUGCAAUACAAGGGAUAGAGAAAAAGCCAAAGAAAGUGAAAAAAGAAAGAAAUAUAUCAGAGCAUGUAAGCAAAACUCCUGACGUAAAAUCCAAAACUAUUGUUGUUGAUUAUCUAGCUGAAAGAAGGGCAGAAAAAUCGCAUCUUGAGCAUGAUCUACACAGAUUAUUUACAAAGCAAGAAGUUCAUUGAAAUGACGAUUUUUCUGACAUCCCAUUUGCUGAAAAAGCAAAGCUUAUUAAGGAAAAAUCAAAAUCAAUUGAAAAGACAGCAAGAAUGCAUGAAAUCCUUGCAAAAUCAACAUCUCCAACCCAUCCUGAAGCUCUGAAAAUUGAAGAGCACAUCAAUGAAAUGCUCCUUCAAGCUGUUCGAGCUAAAUUAAAUUUAAUCAGCAGUGCAUAA